AUGAAAGCGGCAAAACUGUUUUGCGUUCUUUUCGUUCUUGCGAUUGCAAGGGUGCAAGGUGCCGCUCAGCAGGAGGGAGUUGAUCAUCAGAAGCGAGCUAUUGGACAUGGGUACGGGCUGGGAUUAGGGCUGGGAGCAACGGCCUUCGGAGCUACGGCUCUGGCAGCACCAGCACUAGCUGCGCCGUUGACGGCACCCAUCGGAGGACCAAUCAUCGGUGCACCGAUCGGGCCGAUUGGGCUGCCAGCUGGGCCAAUCGGUAUUCCAGCCGGACCAAUCGGAUUGCCGGCCGGACCGAUCGGACUCCCGGCAGGACCGUUCAUCGGUGGCGCAUUUGCACCAGCCGCCAUUCCCGCGCUUCCAGCUCCCGGUCCGGUGUUUGCUCCCGCACCGCCAACAGUGGCCGUUGCACCCACGGUGACGCGUAACAUUUUGACCACCGUACAACAACCCGUCCCCGUACCCUACCCGCAACCCGUCCCCGUCGACCGUCCCGUACCCGUGCCGGUGCACGUGACCGUACCCGUCGAUCGUCCCGUGCCGGUACCGCAUCCGGUCGCCGUUCCCGUCCAUGUCCCCCGUCCUUAUCCGGUUCCGGUGCCUCAGCCAUAUCCUGUCACCGUUACGCGAACCGUGGGUGUUCCAGUGCCUCAGCCAUACCCGGUACAUCAUGCCGUACCGGUACCGCAACCCGUCCCAGUGCCACAACCGGUCCCGGUUCCACAGCCUGUGCCCGUACCGCAUCCGGUGGCUGUACCGCAUCCGGUGGUGGUACCGGCGCCUGUUCCCACGCUUCCCAUCGCCCCGUUCCCGGCCUACGGAUACGGUGGUUUUCUGCCUUCCUAUGGCAAGGUGUACGGUGGUGGUAUCACGCUGCAGAAGGUGUACACCGGCCACAGUCACGGGCUCGGUUUGUUGGGAUUGAAGAAGUAUCUCGGUUAA